AUGGCUCUAGAUAGCAGUGAGUGCAGUCUACGCUAUAAUGGCAGUGAUAGUGACUCCCUAGUGGCUUACUACGAUAGUAGUGAUAGUGACUCCCUAGUGGCUCACUACGAUAGCAGUGAUAGUGACUCCCUAGUGGCUCACUACGAUAGCAGUGAGUGCAGUCUACGCUAUAAUGGCAGUGAUAGUGACUCCCUAGUGGCUCACUACGAUAGCAGUGAUAGUGACUCCCUAGUGGCUCACUACGAUAGCAGUGAUAGUGACUCCCUAGUGGCUCACUACGAUAGUAGUGAUAGUGACUCCCUAGUGGCUCACUACGAUAGCAGUGAUAGUGACUCCCUAGUGGCUCAGUACGAUAGCAGUGAUAGUGACUCCCUAGUGGCUCACUACGAUAGUAGUGAUAGUGACUCCCUAGUGGCUCACUACGAUAGCAGUGAGUGCAGUCUACGCUAUAAUGGCAGUGAUAGUGACUCCCUAGUGUCUCACUACGAUAGCAGUGAUAGUGUCUCCCUAGUGGCUCACUACGAUAGCAGUGAUAGUGACUCCCUAGUGGCUCACUACGAUAGCAGUGAGUGCAGUCUACGCUAUAAUGACAGUGAUAGUGACUCCCUAGUGGCUCACUACGAUAGUAGUGAUAGUGACUCCCUAGUGGCUCACUACGAUAGUAGUGAUAGUGACUCCCUAGUGGCUCACUACGAUAGUAGUGAUAGUGACUCCCUAGUGGCUCACUACGAUAGUAGUGAUAGUGACUCCCUAGUGGCUCACUACGAUAGCAGUGAUAGUGACUCCCUAGUGGCUCACUACGAUAGCAGUGAUAGUGACUCCCUAGUGGCUCACUACGAUAACAGUGAUAGUGACUCCCUAGUUGUUCACUACGAUAGUAGUGAUAGUGACUCCCUAGUGGCUCACUACGAUAGCAGUGAUAGUGACUCCCUAGUUGUUCACUACGAUAGUAGUGAUAGUGACUCCCUAGUGGCUCACUACGAUAGCAGUGAUAGUGACUCCCUAGUGGCUCACUACGAUGGCAGUGAUAGUGACUCCCUAGUGGCUCACUACGAUAGCAGUGAGUGCAGUCUACGCUAUAAUGGCAGUGAUAGUGACUCCCUAGUGUCUCACUACGAUAGCAGUGAUAGUGACUCCCUAGUGGCUCACUACGAUAGCAGUGAGUGCAGUCUAUGCUAUAAUGGCAGUGAUAGUGACUCCCUAGUGUCUCACUACGAUAGCAGUGAUAGUGACUCCCUAGUGUCUCACUACGAUAGCAGUGAUAGUGACUCCCUAGUGGCUCACUACGAUAGCAGUGAUAGUGACUCCCUAGUGGCUCACUACGAUAACAGUGAUAGUGACUCCCUAGUGGCUCACUACGAUAGCAGUGAUAGUGACUCCCUAGUGGCUCACUACGAUAGCAGUGAUAGUGACUCCCUAGUGGCUCACUACGAUAGCAGUGAUAGUGACUCCCUAGUGGCUCACUACGAUAGCAGUGAUAGUGACUCCCUAGUUGUUCACUACGAUAGUAGUGAUAGUGACUCCCUAGUGGCUCACUACGAUAGCAGUGAUGGUGACCUACACUUCAAUAUUAGUGAUGGUGACCUACACUACAAUAUUAGUGAUGGUGACCUACACUACAUUAUUAGUGAUGGUGACCUACAAUACUAUCGUGAGCCCAUCACUACAAUACUAGUGAUGGACUCACGAUAG